GAGAUAAACCAACUAGAGGCGUCGGAUAUUAUUAUUUUCUACUUUAAACUAAGUACUAUAAGCCCUAUUAGCUUAUUAGAGCUCGGACUAUAUACGGAUAGUAAGAAGUUAGUAGUAUAUUACCCUAAAGGGUUCUAUAGAAGGGGAAAUAUAUAG